UCGGAGGUCGAGGGUAUGGAGGGACUCAACGGUUGCGAGCCCCGCAAGGUCACUGUCAAGGGCCCCUACACCUUCUCAAUCGGCGACGUUUCCGGGCUCGGCCAGUACAAGAAGGGCGGCCUCUACCAGCAGGUCAAGAUGCCCAAGACCAUCGAGUUCAAGAGCAUUACCCACGCGCUCAAGGAUCCCGAGUUUGUCAUCUCCGACUUCGCCAAGUUCGAUCGCCCUCAGCAGCUCCAUAUCGGAUUCCAGGCUCUUGACGCUUUCGCCAAGUCUCAGGGACGUCUACCAAGGCCGAUGAACGACGAGGAUGCGCUUGUGGUUAUCGCUUCGGCCAAGGAGUUUUCUAAGCAGCAGGGUGUCGAGGUUGAGUUCGACGACAAGCUUCUCAAGGAGCUCAGCUACCAGGCUACUGGUGACCUCAACCCCAUGGCUGCUUUCUUCGGUGGUCUUACCGCCCAGGAAGUCCUCAAGGCUGUUUCGGGCAAGUUCCACCCUAUCAAGCAGUUUAUGUACUUUGAUGCGCUCGAGGCUCUCCCCACCAACUCCAAGCGCACUGAAGAGCUUUGCGCGCCCACUGGUAGCAGGUACGAUGGCCAGAUCGCGGUUUUCGGUAGGGAGUUCCAGGAGAAGAUCGCGAACGUCAAGCAGUUCCUUGUUGGCGCUGGCGCCAUCGGCUGUGAGAUGCUCAAGAACUGGGCCAUGAUCGGUCUCGGAACUGGUCCUGAGGGCAAGAUUUUCGUCACCGAUAUGGACUCGAUCGAGAAGUCCAACUUGAACAGACAGUUCUUGUUCCGCCCCAAGGACGUUGGUCAGAUGAAGAGUGACUGCGCGGCCAAGGCUGUGCAGGCCAUGAACCCUGACCUCGAAGGCCACAUUGUUUCUCUCAAGGAUCGCGUUAGCCCCGAGACCGAGGAGAUCUUCAAUGAGGAGUUCUGGCAAGGUUUGGAUGGCGUCACGAACGCGCUGGACAAUGUUGAGGCGAGAACGUAUGUCGACAGGCGGUGCGUUUUCUUCCACAAGCCUCUCCUUGAGAGCGGCACCCUCGGCACCAAGGGCAACACGCAAGUGGUGCUUCCUAGGCUCACUGAGUCCUACUCCUCCUCUCAGGAUCCUCCUGAGCAGUCCUUCCCCAUGUGCACUCUCAGGAGUUUCCCCAACAAGAUCGAGCAUACCAUCGCUUGGGCUCGUGAGUUGUUCGAGAGCUCGUUCGUGAAGCCUGCGGAGACUGUUAACCUCUACCUCACCCAGCCUAACUAUCUCGAUACUAGCCUGAAGCAAAGUGGCAACGAGAAGGCGACGCUGGAGAUGCUCGCAGACUUCCUUAAGCACGAGCGCCCGCUCACCUUUGAGGACUGCGUCCAAUGGGCUCGCAUGCUCUUCGAGAAACAGUAUAACAACGCUAUCCAGCAGCUCCUUUACAACUUCCCCAAGGACUCCGUGUCCUCGACCGGCACCCCCUUCUGGUCCGGACCCAAGCGCGCCCCUGACCCGCUCAAGUUCGACCCGGAGAACCCGACCCACUUUAGCUUCCUCGAGGCUGCUACCAACCUCCAUGCCUUCAACUAUAGUAUCAAUGCAAAGGGCAAGAGCAAGGCCGACUACCUGCAGGCUUUGGAGGGCAUGAUCGUGCCUGACUUCUCCCCUGACUCGAACGUCAAGAUUCAGGCGGAUGAGAAGGAGCCUGACCCGAACGCGGAUAACACUGCCUUCGACGACGAGUCCGAGCUCGGCAACAUCAAGUCCCAGCUCCCCGAACCCAAGACCCUGGCCGGCUUCAAGCUCAACGUGGUCGAGUUCGAGAAGGACGAUGACACCAACUACCACAUCGACUUCAUCACGGCCGCCAGCAACCUGCGCGCCGAGAACUACAAGAUCGAGUCUGCCGACCGUCACAAGACCAAGUUCAUCGCCGGCAAGAUCAUCCCCGCCAUCGCCACCACCACGGCCCUGGUCACCGGCCUCGUCAUCCUCGAGCUGUACAAGAUCAUCGACGGCAAGACCGACAUCGAGCAGUACAAGAACGGCUUCGUCAACCUGGCCCUGCCCUUCUUCGGCUUCUCCGAGCCCAUUGCUAGCCCCAAGGUCGAGUACAACGGCCCCAACGGCAAGGUCACGCUCGACAAGAUCUGGGACCGCUUCGAGGUCGGCGACAUUACCCUUCAGGAGCUGAUUGACGAUUUCGAGAAGCGCGGUCUGUCCAUCUCCAUGUUGAGUUCCGGUGUCAGCCUGCUGUAUGCCUCGUUCUUCCCGCCUGCCAAGCUCAAGGAUCGCUAUGCUCUCAAGCUCAGCGAGCUGGUGGAGACGAUUAGCAAGAAGCCGAUUCCGGCGCAUCAGAAGGAGUUGAUCUUUGAGGUGGUGACGGAGGAUGCGGAAGGUGAGGAUGUCGAGGUUCCUUAUAUUAAGGCGCGGAUUAGGUAGAUGGUUACUGAGAAGGGAUUAGGAGGGAAGGAAGAGGAAGUGGGUGUAGAUAUCAGUUGAGCUUUUUUGAUGAAUGUGUAAAGUCAAGUCAAUAGAACGUUACUUUUACUUUAGUUCUUGGUAUAAGACCCAUUACUAUUGUGCUUUUAUGAAGCGAAAGUGGAAUGUGUCUGGAGCAUUGCUUUCUGUGAGGAUGAGGUGAUGACGAUGAUGGGGAAAGC